AUUGAUUGUCAAGGAAGUCAAAAUUGUGGGUUUUGUGCUUGUCGAAUUUUAUUUUAUUUUGCACUCGAAAACUUUACCAUUUUCGCAAAAACUUGACCAUCAUCAUCAUGGCGUCUCCCACGUCUAGUUCAACGGGUCAGAUUCUGACCAACAAAGACGGCACUUGGGCGUCCUUUGCAAACAGCCCCGUCACCGAGGGACCUUGGGACCACGACCCCACUCUGCGCAGGGCUGCUUCCACCCCUUCAAAUCACAUGACCCAAAAUCUGCGAGCGUCCCGCGAGACGACGCGACCCCUCAAAUGGUAUCAGAAGAUUACCAUUCACAGCAUUUUGGGCGGGGCUGUGCGUCUUCUGAAACGUCUCACCACCUUCCCCAUGCUCUCCUCGGCGGCCAUUUACUUCGAUGAGGAUGACCGUUUCGACCCCUCGUCGGGGAACGUGAGACCAGAACCGACCAAUGACGACGAGGCUGAAAUGUCCCCCUCCUCGGAACAAGUGGAGAUUGCCGUGAACUACGAGAAAGCCACGCAAGCCUUGUUCGAAGCCAUUAUUCGAUACCGGAAAGAAUCCAAGGCCGCGAAGGACAACUACCACACGGUCAAAGUCGACCUGAAGCAGUUUCCCGAAUGGAAUGAUGUCAUGGUGGACAGGUUGAGGUCAACUCUUCAAGUUUUUGACAUCACGGGGGACGGAUUGCUGGACUUUGAAGAGUUCUGCACCACGCUGGAAGAAUUUGGGGACAUUACAUCCAUCGAAACGAGGAAAAAGUACUUUGCCACGAUUGACGAUGGUUCAGGAUCAAUCGACUUUUUGGAGUUUAUCCGACUCGUCUACAAAGUGACGGUAAAAACGCCUCCCGGCGCUGAAGAUUUGGCCAUAACGUUUCAAUCAAUUGAUCGAAACAUGGCCAGAAUUCGCAGCUUGGAUGUCGUCCAACAAUUACAAGCUGGGCUUUUCUAAUAAACUAUUCGUUUUGUCACAUAAAAAUUAUUUUGUUAAUUGAUGUUACAAAUAAAAACUACAAAA